AAUGCCAGGAAAAGGAAAUGGUUGAGAAAUCGAAACUACUGGGGAAAGGGAGGGCCCACUGAGAACGAUCCCACUAACCCGACCACCGCAGGCUUUCGCAGGACACCAUGAACCACACGGUCCAAACCUUCUUCUCUCCUGUCAACAGCGGCCAGCCUCCCAACUAUGAGAUGCUCAAGGAAGAGCACGAGGUGGCUAUGAUGGGGGCGCCCCACAACCCUGCUCCCCCGACGUCCACCGUGAUCCACAUCCGCAGCGAGACCUCCGUGCCCGACCAUGUUGUCUGGUCCCUGUUCAACACCCUCUUCAUGAACCCCUGCUGCCUGGGCUUCAUAGCAUUUGCCUACUCCUUAAAGGCCCGAGAUCAGAAGGUGGUUGGCGACCUGGAAGCGGCCCGGCGUUUUGGCUCCAAGGCCAAGUGCUACAACAUCCUGGCCGCGAUGUGGACGCUGGUGCCGCCCCUGCUGCUCCUGGGGCUGGUGGUGACUGGUGCCCUGCACCUGGCCCGGCUGGCCAAGGACUCUGCCGCCUUCUUCAGCACCAAAUUUGAUGAUGGGGACUAUGACUGACAGGAUGGGUCCUGAUCUGGGUCUUGUCCCAGCCCCAGGACACUGAUCCCAGGCUGCUGCCCCUGGGGCUCAGUAGUGACUCCCCAGAGCCUGGCCCUCCUUCUGUGGGGCCUCCAUCCCUGCCCCAUCCUGAACCUGGGGCCCUCCAGCCCCAACAUGGGCACCUAACGCUGACCCAGUCAGACCCCAGGGUCCUCACCCUAACCUGAGGGUUCCCGGGCCCUAACUCUGCCCCCAGCCCUGCCCCUCCCUCCUCACACUCCAGGCCCCUCGGUUCCACGAUUAAAAGUGCCUGGUUCCAGAAA